AUGUUUGAUCCUGGACGUGAAUUCGUGGGUGAAGUCACAAGAGAGAUGACAAAGCAUGAUGUGAGGAUAAGAAGAGGGGAUGUGAACGUUCACAGAGAUCAGGGAAUCGUCGAGUGAUUCAAUCGAACUUUGGGUGAACGCCUCUUCACUUUCCAAUACAGUCAGGAGAUGAACUCCAUAGAGGGAAGAGAUCAACCGAAUAAAUGAAGAGGCUUCCAGAAGUUGUGUUGGCUUUGGAUAUUGAAGUGACCAGGUUGACUAGAAAGAAACCUAUGGAUGCCAUCAAAGAUAAGUCGGUUGACGCGAAGAGUUCAACGACCUAUUCAAGGCCUGUUGGCUUUAAGGAAAAGAGAUCAGAUUCUUCAAAGAAUGUCUAUGCCGUUAGUGAGCCGGAAGGUGAUCAGAGGCGGGUCACAGAUCCAAUUUGGUCUCUGAAGGUCUUCAAUAUCGAAAAAUUACUUGUGAAAAAAGGCAAACCUGUUCUCUAUUGUCUGAAAGAUGGGCCAAAGCGUGGUUUCGUCAGAGAAGAGCUUCAGAUUGUUCCUCCUGGAACUGAGUUGCCUCCUGAAGGAAUUCGUUGA